UAAAGUGAUUAAUGAAUGAGAUAUAACUUCUUCCAUCCAACUAAAAACUAUAGUGAAGACAUUAUUUCUUAAAUUAAUAUAUGCAUUUAUUAUAAUAAUAACUAGUGCCUAUAUUAGUUAAGAUAUAACUUUGCCUUUAAUUAACAAUUCCUUAAACAAGACAGAAGCUUAUUCCUCUAUCAUAGACCAGUCCAGAAGUAGAGUGGCAGGUUUCUGCCCUAUGGGGUUGUCCCAGGGGCCCCAGCUCCUUCUCUUGUUGUUCCACCAUCCUUGAGUAAUGUCCUCUCUGUGUGGUCCAGAGUGGCAGAUCAUAUGUCCAUAUUUCAGUCAGGAGGAAGAGGGGAUAAAGGAGAAAACAGAGUAUGCCAAGGGAUGCACCUUGAGAAUUGCACAGGAUGCUUCUGCUCAUAUCCCAUUGGCUAAAACUUAGUCUUGAGUCCUAUCUCCAGGGAGGCUGGGAAAUGUAGUCUUCAUUCUGGGAGGUACUAUGCCCCCACUAAAAAUCCAGAGCUCUAUUAAGUUGAGAGUUAGGGGAAAGUGAAUAUAUGGGGGAGGCAGACCAAUUUCUACUACAGUACCCUUUGGAAUAUUAUUUAGAACUUGAAAAUUGUGAAUAAAAUUAUUUCAAAAGAAUAAAUAGGGGAGCCCUGCAGCGCCUCGCCCCGCUGCCCUUGUCUCCGAGGCUCGCGACGCGCGGGGCCUCCCGGGAGCUGGAUGCUCGGAGCAGAAAGGCGGCCCUGGGGGCCCCUUCCGGUCCCGGGGCUGACGCCUGGCGGCGUCGCCGGGAACCCGCGCCCUUUCAAGCGCCGCUGGCUCCUGUUUCACAGAUGGAGACCCUGAAGCCCCAACAGGCAGCCUCCCCAGCACCGCCCAGUGACUGAAAAAGCUGGCACUGGGCGCCCGUCUCACUCCCCACCCAGCUCCCAGGCUGCCCCACGGGAGCAUCUUUGGGGAGAGACGAGACCUGAACAGACGCUGGGGCCGGAUCCCCAGGGUGGGUCAGAACAGCCGCUGCCCUGAAAGCCGUCUCGGACAGAUGCGUGCAGGGUGUGCCACCGGAGCUCCUUGCAGCUUGCGUCUGGGGCCACCAUGUCCCUUCCUCAGGGCGCUGGAUCCAUCUCUUCAAGCUCAGUGGUCCAGGCCAUGGUGGCAGAAUCACCCCCCAGGGUGUGACGCCACGUCUUUAUCAAUUCCACACAGCUGCACCCGGAAGAGCUGUGGCUGGGCGCUGCUCUGACCUGUGUGCGGUCCCCUGAAUGGGUCUCAGGUGUCUUCAGAAUGGCAAGGCCGCCUCAUUUCCUUGCCACACAACCCUCCUGAGGACGCUGCCUGCAAAUGGGCUGAAUUCCUAAUUUCUACCAUUCAAUUAAACGAGGGCUCCUUAAACCCCAAAGCUGGGAAAGCUGUCCGUUAAUUUAGUGCGAAGCUUGUGGCAGCUGUCCACUCGUGGGCCAUCUCAGAAUAGCAGGAUUCCCAGGAGUCCAGCGGGACAGGGGAGGGGAUGAGUGGCCGCGUCCCCCUGGCAGAGAAGGCCUUGUCUGAAGGCUACGCCCGCCUCCGAUACAGAGACACCUCCUUGCUCAUCUGGCAGCAGCAACAGCAGAAGUUGGAGUUGGUGCCACCUGGGACAUACCUGAGCAGGAGCCGAAGCAUGUGGUACUCACAGUAUGGAAAUGAGGCCAUCUUGGUCCGAGACAAAAACAAGCUCGAGGUCUCCAGGGACACAGGGCAGUCCAAGUUUUGCACAAUCAUGUAAUUCCGAUGUGAGCACCUGAGCCCAGGACCACACUUCGAGGAAAACAGACCCGAGUUUCAUUCAGUUGUCUUGAUUUCUAAUCCUUGCUGGAAGAUUUUGAAUAAUGAAUGUGAAGAUCAAACUGUGGCCUAAGAACCCAAGCAGCACAGAAUCUGCCCCCGAGUCCCUCAGCACAGCCGCGGUCUGACUGGUGCACAGGACACUUCCCCUGUAGAGUCCCCUCUGUAGUCAGCUGUUGCGACAUUCAGAUUCUCCAGGUGCUGCUAGGGACAGCAUAGGCCUGGGCAUUGCUAGAUGCUUGGUUUAACCAAGCCAAGAGUAACCCUCACAUCCCCGUUAUAAACCACCUUUUCAAGUUUGUAUAGGUUUUAGUUUUUUGUUUUUAGCAUAAAUGGCGGAGUAGCCGCAGCAUCUCACCGGGAGCUUUGUCGCACUUACAUUUUGUUUUUUGCUUUUUUGAGACGGUCUCGUUCUCUUGCCCAGGCUGGACUGCAGUGGCACGAUCACAGCUCACUGUAGGUUCGAUCUCAUGGGCUCAGGUGAUCCUCCCAAACUCAGCCUCCUGGGUAGCUGUGGCUCCAGGCGAACUACUGUGUAUAGAGACAGGGUUUCCCUAUGUUGCCCAGGCUGGUCUUACACUCCUGGGCUCAAGCCUCCCAUGAUGCUGGGAUUAUAGGCGUGGGCCACCGCACCAAGCCCGCAUUUAUAUUUUGAGUUACCAAAAUGAUCGUCAUGUGUGAAGCAUCAUGGUAGCUUCCAAGUAUUUGCGGCCCACCGGCCAGUGGCUCCAAAACACAUUCAGGAAACCUGAGAGUUGUAAGUUGCACAUGUGUGGCGUACAGUGAUUUCCACGUAGUAACAGGGCUGAGCAAGGCAGGCUCUCCAUCAGACUUAAAGCAUUCAGCCUCUCUGCCCCCAGGCCGACACUGACAUGUGUUCACUGUCGCUGCCACAGCUGGCCACCGGUGUGUUCAGUCUCCAUGAAGGAUUCACCCUCUGCUCUGACAUCUCCUUGGCUACACAAAUGUGCAGGUGUCUCUUGUCAAAGCUAAUUUUUCUUUUCUAAAUAAACAUCUUUUAAUACAAAAAAAAAAAAAA